UGGUCCCUGACCAGGGCGGCGCUGCGGUCUCCUCUCCGGCUCUGCUCAGAGGAUGGGGCGGCUGUUAAGACAGAGCUGGCUGUGUGGCUUCAUCCUUCGGCCCCAUGUCGGAGAGGAGCAGCAGUAAGUCAGCAUGGAGCAUAUGUCACGAUAGGAAAGAACAUCGCCAGCUGCCAGUAAGGUGGUGAGUGCAGACCAGGGGGAGAGCGUCGGUGAGCCUUUUACCGACGGCUGGGAUGAAUCCUAUCACAGCAGGCUCAUUUUUUCUGAAUCAGGAUGGAGUUCAGGAAACCUUUAUUGAGGUCUCUAUGAGUAGCAAAUAGAGAAAUUAGAAGAAUAAUGACCAAGUCACGUCUCUUCUGUUUGCUGGUGGUCCUUGGUUCUGUCUUUAUGAUCCUAUUUAUCAUAGUUUAUUGGGACAAUGUCGGAGUAGCCAAUUUUAACCUUCAUACAACCUUCUCCAAGUCCCUUCCUCCUCAAUCAAGUGGUGAAGAGCCAUCUUCACUUCCCAUCACAGAGAACAGUGCCGUUUCAGACGUAGACAAGUUUUUAGAUAGUUUUCUUAAUUUUGGUGUAACGAAGAAUGAGUUUCAAAGCACAAAGGCCGGAAAGUUGCCCCAGCGGGGAUCGAGUAGUUUGGAGGAAAAUGUACGGGGCUAUGACUGGUCCACAAGAACUAAAUUGGAGGAAGGCAUUCUUGACCAGGAGAUAAUUCAGCAGGAAAGAAAAAUUAAUUUGCACAAGUUCUGUGACAAUUCUAGCUUUUAUUUUCCAACAAGGCACCGCGAUUUUGAUGACAUUCCCAACAAGGAGCUAGAUCAUCUAAUAGUUGAUGAUCGCCAUGGUAUAAUUUAUUGCUAUGUGCCGAAAGUGGCCUGCACUAAUUGGAAAAGAGUUAUGAUUGUCUUAAGUGAGAGUCUCUUGGACAGAAAGGGAGUCCCAUACCAAGAUCCUCUACAAAUCCCUAGGGAGGAUGUCCACAAUACCAGUAGUCAUCUAACGUUCAACAAGUUCUGGCGUAGAUAUGGAAAAUUCUCCAGACACAUGAUGAAGAUUAAGUUAAAAAAAUACACCAAAUUCAUUUUUGUCCGUGAUCCUUUUGUCCGUCUCAUCUCUGCCUUCCGAAGCAAGUUUGAACUGGAAAAUGAGGACUUUUACCGAAGUUUUGCUAUACCGAUCUUAACCCGCUACUCUAACCGAACCAAUGUUCCCCCUUCUGCAGGUGAAGCUCUAUCUUCAGGAGCAAAGCCAUCAUUUUCUCAAUUUAUACAGUAUCUAUUGGAUGCCCGGACUGAAGAACAGAAACCUUUCAAUGAACAUUGGCGUCAGGUUUAUCGCCUUUGCCACCCAUGCCAGAUUGAUUAUGAUUUUGUAGGAAAGCUGGAGACCCUCGAUGAGGACACAUCUCUGCUUCUAAGACAAUUAAAUUUAGAUUCACUCUUCCAGUUUCCUCCUAGUUACAGGAACAGGACUGCAAGUAGCUGGGAGGAGGAUUGGUUUUCCAAAAUCCCCCUAGAAUGGAGACAAAAGCUAUACAAAUUAUUCGAGCCGGAUUUUGUUCUUUUUGGGUACCCUAAACCUGAAAAUCUAUUAAAUGUUUGAUAUAGGCAAAACAAGAAACUCCACAAAAUACCAAAAAUGUACAAUAUUUUGCUGCCUUUUGACAAGAUUUAAUGGAAUGAUUCACAUUUUAUAUAUUGUCCUAUUUCAUGUGCAACGAGAUGGAGAACCUCCUUGAGAUGAAUUUAUUUAGACAGCUGAGUUUGAAGGAAGGAUUUUUUUAUUUUUUUUUAUUCUACCCUUAAAAACCAAAUUGGUUAAAAAACAUCAUUGCGAUUCUACCUUCUCAGGAGUUCUCCUCAGAAUGCUUUUUACUGUUAUUUUCUAAAUUAAUAUAUUAUUUAAACUAUUUAAUAUAGUGUGCAUUGAGGACAUGACUGACGAGUAAAGGCUUGGCUGUUUAAAA